UGCUGAAGAAGUGGAUUACUUCCGUGAAGCGGAAAGGUUUUAAUCCUACGUCUUACAGUUUUCUUUGCGGAAACCAUUUCCGACAAGAUGAUUACGUAGUGAGCCCCGGAACGUGGAAGAAACGUCUCAAACCCGAAGCAGUGCCAUAAGUUUUUGACUUUCCGACACAUUUGAUGCCACCAAAUAAACAGCCACGACGACAUGUUGUUAGGAUUUUGAGUGACAACGAUGCUUCUCCAUUUGAGCGUCCUGUCAUGGAAUCCGUGCUCGAUUUGCCCACUGUAGAAGCUACUGAUUGCGUGGACAAUGUUGUCAAUGAGAAUUAUUGCGUGGAAAGCAUGACCCAUUUAUCCAAUGCAGAAGCUGCGAAUUGUGUCGAAAACAGUGCAGUUGCUUCUUCAGUAAUUGAUUGUGGUAUGCAGUCGAAAGUAGGAAUGGAAGACAAGGCGACCGAAAUUUGCAAUUUUUUCUCAGACAUUGUGCACGAAUUAAAACGUAAACUGAAGUGCGGCCGUGAAAAACUUCGAAGAAGAGAGAAGAAAGUGUUUUCCAUGGAUGACAUCAUAAGUUCAUUGAAGGAGGAGGGGCAUCUUCCUGAGAAGUUACAUAACUUCCUCAAUCAUCAGAAAGGACCACAAGUGGAAUUAGUGUGCAAUUUAGUGAGCAACUCUCUCUCAUCAAAGGGUAAUAGAUACACAACAAAUGUGAAAAUGUUUGCGAUGACUGUGUACUUUUAUUCACCAGCAGCAUAUGCAUACCUGCAAAAAUUAAUGCCUCUGCCCCAUAAAUCAUUGAUUUCCAAAUGGGUGGCAAGUGUAGACUGUGAACCUGGCCUCUUAAAAGAUGUUUUUAAGUUCAUUGAUUUGAACCAAUUGUAAGGGACCAGUUCAGCGAUUCACGUCUAAUAGUAGACAGUAUGGCAAUUAGGAAGCAAGUAGUUUGGGACCAAGGAAGUAAGUGAUACACAGGUUUUAUGGACUUUGGUGUGGAAGUGCCUCAGUCAAAAGAAGUAGUAGAGGUAUCUGAGGCUCUGGUUUUCAUGCUUGUCUCUAUUAAAGGCAAAUUUAAAUGCCCAAUUGCAUAUUUAUUUAUCAGCAUUGUACAGGCAAAUAAUCAGGCCACACUGAUAAAAUCUGCUUUAGAGAGGCUGCACAGUUCUGGCAUUAGGGUUUGGUGUGUUACAUGUGAUGGCUGCAAGGUAAAUAUAAGCACUUUAUGUUCACUUGGCUGUACUUUAAAUUUUUCCAAGGGUGAUUUUAAAAGCCACUUUCCUUGUGGAAAAAUACAAUGUUCAUUGUAUCUUGGACAUGUGUCAUAUGAUUAAGUUAGCCAGAAACGCUCUAGCAGAAGUAUCUGUUAUUGAGUCUCCAACUGGCAUUAUUGGAUGGCAUUUCAUUGAGCAAUUGAACAAGGUACAACAAGAAGGUAUGACAUUUGCCAACAAACUAUCAGGACAACAUAUAGCCUAAGUUAUGUAAAUAGAAAAAUGAAUGUUUCAUUAGCUGCACAGACUUUGAGUUCUAGUGUGGCAGAUAGUAUGGAGUUUUUGAGGAGGGUUGGUGAUCUAAAUUUUAAAGGAAGUGAAAGCAACAGUAGAAUUUUUGAUAUUCUGAACUCCAGAAAUCCAUUAGGUAAAGGGUACAAGAGCCCCCUGAGACUUGACAACAAUUCUUAUUGGCUUGGUAUUUUCAGAGACACUGAAAAUUAUAUCAAAAGCUGAAAAAUCAUAGGUGUUCCGUUGCUGCUCCAUGCAAGAAAUACUUUUGCUUUUUGGAUAAUUUUCAAUGUGCAAUCAGUCAGGCACAUAGCUCUGGCAAGUAUGUUUUGUGUUGAAUUUCCUCUGAAGUAUUUGCUAACAUAUAAACUGUCACAAGAUCACAUAGAGUUCCCCCCCCCCCCUCCCUGCAUUCGGUCCAGAGGUGGUUGGAACAACAAUCCAAAUGCAUACCAGUUCAAAUGUGCCAUGAGAAAGUUGCUCUUGGGUAACAGUGUCACUGCAAUGAAUGGGAAUUGCUCAAAUUUUAAUGUGUUGUUUGCCAACUGUUUGUGAUUUUCAUGCAAGAAAGCAUGUAGCAGAAAGCGAUGAAAGUGCUGCAGAAAAUGAAGUAGAAAAGUGGUGUGCACUUCUUGAUGAUAAGAUUAAGUUCUCAUUUUACAAGCAAAAUAUACUCUAUUAUAUUGCAGGGUAUGUGUCAUUGCACCUUUCAAGGCAGAUCACAUGCAAAGACUGUCUUCACAUACUGAAGCCACCAGUAGUUAAAUCUGCAUUAGAAUGUGAUGCUCUCCAAGCUUUUCCCAAUAUGGCCAAUAAAAAUGCAUUUGUAAAUUUUGUUAACCGGGGAAAACUGGUUAAAACAAGUGACUGCGUGUACUCUGUUAUAGAAUACUCAGAGAAACUGUUUCAGAUGUUUGUGAUUGCUGGGGAUAGGCGACAGAAAUAUAUACAGGCCAAGAUUUUUCGAUUAAA